AUGGGGAAGCCCAAAAAGAGUCUGCAAGCUCAGAGACCGGCCUCGCCACCUCCAGGAGCACAAGCUUUCGAGCAUGGCAGAUUCGCUCAACAAAUACAGUCGCGACUAUCAGAUAUUCAUCGUUCUCCCAGGCCUGUCUCGAGAAAACGGCUCCCAUCAUCGGCGAGCGAUCCAACACUGGGCUCUGGCUUCUCCUCAGAUGACGCUGUCGACGCACGUAGGAAGCGGAAACACUUUGAGGUGGAUCUGAAUCUCCUUUGCAGCCUCGCACCGAUCAAGGGAGAUGCCGUUGCUGGCCACGCCCGAACUCCAACAGAAACUCACGAGCAGCCCCAGCACAAGAGGCAUCAAAGCUACCCAUCAUUGGUGACUCCGCAGUCUCCCAUUUUCUCGUCCUUGGGGCCCCGAUUUCCACCGACGCCCAUGUUGUUUGACGAUUUAUCGACUUCAUUGCGGCUUGAAGAUGCCUUCACAAAAGAGCAGGCCCCACAUGAUGAGUCGGACUUCCUCUUGACGGAUUGGAGCGCGGCCUACAUCUCGAAAGAUCAGCUGGGUCCCACCCUCUCGACUAAUGGGGAGUCAUCGCCUCUCAGUGACCUAGUUGCGGACGGAACCGUCUCCGCUGCAGAAGAGGUUGCGGAGGGAGGGAUGGGUGCAGAACCGCAACGUGUAGGCAAAGAGGCCACCACAAUCAACGAAUGUCAUUGCGAAUGUGUACCACGAGCUUUGCAUAUGGCAUCACAGCUCCAUGACUGCCUCGGAACUUCGCAAGGGGACUCCCUGGGGAUAGUCUUAUCGACCUGCCGCAGCGCGGUCGAACUGUGCAGGCAAAGCCAAGACUGUAAAUGGUCGGAGAAUCAUCAUGGCGCCCUCCUCUCGAUCAAUGUGGCGAUCAUGGAACUCGUCGCAAGCUGCUACGUCACAAUAACGCUGGGCCCAUCACAGCUACACUCCACAGUCACCUUAAAGUUCAGGGAGAUGGAAUUGGAGGGAUUUCUGAGCCCACAUGUGAUAAAGGCCGUGGUUAACAGCGAAAGGAAACAGGCGGCCGCAACGUGUAUCAUGCUUGGCUCCAGAUGUCGUGGUCCCCAACAGCGUCUAUGGCUCGACCAGUUUGCUCAAAUUUUCAACGGCCUCGCAAAGUCCUUCGCCGCAUAUGAUGCGGGUCAAUAA